AUGGCGGGAUUUGGGGACGUUGCAUUGAUCCGAAGGUUUGACCUAAGGGCGAACUUAAUAUCCGCCUUGGUUGAGCGGUGGUGUACGGAGACCCACACCUUCAUUAUGUUGUGCGGGGAGUGCACUAUCACAUUAGAAGACGUCACUAUGCAACUUGGGUUACGAGUUGACGGUGCUGUGGUCACGGGUCGAAGCAAUGUGUUGGAACCUUCAGUACUAUGUCACAGAUUGCUUGGACGGUCCCCUAAUAAUGGGGAAAGGAAUGUCACAUGCUUGACAUUGGCAUGGUUGAGAGCUAAUUUUAAGGAGUUAUCAAGCACUGCCACUGAGUACAAGCUGAUUUACAGUUGGGGAUCGGCAGUGUUGGCCGCAUUGUACUAUGAGCUUUGCCGAGUAACAAAACAUGGUGCUAGUAACAUGGUCGGUUGUUUGGUUCUGCUACAAUCUUGGGCUUUAUACAGGAUGCCGUUUCUAGCGGCUUUCUUGUGGAUGCCGUAUUCUGCACUGAACAUUGCAACCAUUAUUCCUCAGUGGGUUCAUGCUGAAGCCCAUAUGUGGUGCAUUAACACACCGGCGCUUAACUUUUCAACCGUUGAGUGGUACAAUGGUGAUCGAGUUAAGCGACAAUUUGGGUGUAGACAAUUUAUGCCGGUCGAGCCAAAACAAUUUAAUGAAGUCCAUGGUAAGACCAUGAGGGAGAAACAUACAACAGAUUGGAGCGUGGAACAUUAA